AUGUCAGAGAAGAAACCGCGAGGCUCAGACACCCGUCCCAAAAGCGGCCUUCGCAGCUGGAGUGCAGACAGCUACAUCUGGCGGGGGAAGAAGCGCUCCCGGAGCUCCCGCAACGGGUCGAGCCCCGGCGGUCUGGAAGCAGAUGGGCCGGAGGAGCUGGGCGUGCGCUCCACUUCCUGCCCGAGGCGGCGCAGAGAGAGAAAGUGUAGCUGCAGCACUCUGGGGGACUCGUUGACUGCCGCAGAUAUCGAUGUGGUGUGUCGGAAGGCCUUGUCUCGCCGCUCGCUGCGGCAGAAGUUCCAGGACGCCGUGGGCCAGUGUUUGCCGCUGCGCUCCCACCAACACCACCACCACCACCACCACCACUCCGCCGGCUCCUCGCGGCCCUUCUCCGUGCUCUUCUGGUCCAAACGCAAGAUCCACGUGUCGGAGCUCAUGCAGGACAAGUGUCCAUUCUCACCCAAGUCCGAACUGGCCCGAUGCUGGCACCUGAUCAAGAACCAGACCACAAACCCAGGCGCCCUCAAGGACAUGGAGGCUCCCCUCAAACCCAGUGUCUCUUCUUCUACCUCCACGCCACAGACGCCCCUCUCCUGGGACGAUAUCUGUUGCUCUCCCGGGCCUGGAGGCACCAGUCUGGAGGACUGGGACCCCUCUUGUCCCCACGGGGGAGGAGAGGGGAACUGUGGCCACACGGACUACAUCCUGGUCCCAGAUCUCCUCCAGAUCAACAACAGCUCCUGCUACUGGGGCGUGCUGAACCGCUUCGAGGCCGAGGAGCUGCUGGAGGGCCAGCCCGAGGGGACCUUCCUGCUCCGGGACUCGGCCCAGGACGAGUUUCUCUUCUCGGUCAGCUUCCGCCGCUACAGCCGCUCCCUGCACGCGCGCAUCGAGCAGAACGGGAAGCGUUUCAGCUUUGACGUGCGCGACCCGUGCAUGUACCGGGACGCCAGCGUGACGGGCCUGCUGAGACACUACAGCGACCCGGCCACCUGCCUCUUCUUCGAGCCCCUCCUCUCCAAGCCGCUCGCCAGGAACUUCCCCUUCACCCUGCAGCACCUGUGCAGGGCUGUGAUCUGCAGCUGCACCACCUACCAGGGCGUGGACACCCUGCCGCUGCCGCCGCAGCUCAGAGACUACCUCAGACAGUACCACAUAAAGUGUGAAGGGGCCUGUGCCGUGUGA